ACAAACGAGCGGCUAGCUUCUAAAUCGCACCAAUGCCGGAUGGUUUUGGAGGAAUUCUAUCUUCCCAAGAGCGAGUUUAUUUGUGACCAGGCUGUUUGCAGCUUUCUGUUUUGUUGACCUUAACUGUGUAGAGCACUAAAGGACUGCAGGAAGAACGAUGCCUCUUCCCGUACAGUCCAUGCUGUUCCAGCCUCCAGUGGAGCCUAUGCAGAUCGAUGCCCCACCUGAGGAGAAUGACAACCAACCAGAACUCGCCUUCGUAGUGGAGUCGUGUUCACUGGACCUGGAAUCGUACGCUGCCCAAUACACGGGACUGGCACGACUAGAACGGCUGGUGUUCAUCGCUGACCACUGUCCACCACUCAAAGUAGAGGCCCUCAGGAUGGCCCUUCACUAUGUCCAGAGAACCUACAAUGUCCACCUGUACCAGCAGGUGCACAGGAAGUUACAAGAAGCUGCCAGUUCUGGUGUAGUGGCUAACAUGCCUGACGCGGUGGCCGGCCUGACCCUGGGGGUUCCACCCUACGACACCGACUGGGUGGAGACCACGGCUAAGAAGGCAGCCCUGAAGCUAGAGAAGUUAGACACUGACUUAAAGAACUACAAGGGAAACUCCAUCAAGGAAAGCAUCCGCCGUGGCCAUGAUGACCUCGGUGACCACUAUCUGGACUGUGGAGACCUGAGUAAUGCGCUGAAGUGUUACUCACGAGCACGUGACUACUGUACCAGCGCCAAGCACGUGGUCAACAUGUGUCUCAAUGUUAUAAAGGUGAGCAUCCUACUGCAGAACUGGCCCCAUGUGCUGAGUUAUGUCAACAAGGCUGAAGCCACGCCUGAAAUAGCUGAGAAAGGAGAGCGUGACAGUCAGAGCCAGUCUGUAAUCACCAAACUCAAGUGUGCUGCAGGCUUGGCAGAGCUGGCCACCAAGAAAUACAAGGCCUCAGCUAAGUACUUCCUGCAGGCGUCCUUCGACCAUUGUGACUUCCCAGAUAUGCUGUCACCCAGCAAUGUAGCCAUCUAUGGUGGACUGUGUGCACUGGCAACGUUUGAUCGACAAGAGCUGCAGAAAAAUGUCAUAUCCAGCAGCUCUUUUAAGCAGUUCCUUGAGCUGGAGCCCCAGUUAAGAGACAUCAUCCUGAAGUUUAGUGAGUCCAAGUAUGCCUCCUGUCUCAAGCAGUUGGAGGAGAUCAAGGACCACCUUCUACUGGACAUGUACCUGUCCCCGCAUAUCAACAGCCUGUACACCAUGAUCCGUAACAGAGCCCUCACUCAGUACUUCAGCCCCUACAUGUCCGCAGACAUGCGUAAGAUGGCGGCAGCCUUCAACACCACUCUGGCAGCGCUGGAGGACGAACUGAUGCAGCUGAUUCUGGAUGGACAGAUCCAGGCGCGCAUUGACUCGCACAACAAGAUCCUGUAUGCCCGUGAUGUGGACCAGAGAAGCACCACGUUUGAGAAGGCCCUGGGCAUGGGGAAGGCCUAUCAGAGGAGAACUAAGGCUCUUAUUCUGCGUUCUGCCAUGUUGAAGAACCAGAUUCAUGUUAAGAGUCCACCCCAUGACAGUUCCUCUGGGGGAGAAGCAUCCAUCGCACCCGGAACAAACGCCAGCAACAGAUAAACAACAACAUGUGCUGUUAGAAAAAGAUUAACAUACAGUUUACAACCUGUAAAGUUUAAUGUUAACAUUAUAUCUACACAGAGGCAUGUACUUGUGUAAAUAAGCUAUUAAGAUACAAGUAUUAUGAAAGGCUUUCGGAGUGUUCAUUGCACAUUCAUAUGGUGACCAGUUACUCAGACAUAGUGCGGUCAAAAUUAAACUGACCAAGAAGACCACUCAGGACUGGUAAGAUCUGAUCUAUGUGGACAGGUGGUCACUUUUGACAGGACUCUUAAUGCUUGUGUCUUUGGGAAAAAAAGUAUCUGAAGGAUCACCAAAAAGUGGUGACAUUGGUCAGGUGGUCAUUUCUUUAUUCAGGUUGUAACAAACAAUACAGGUCAUCAUGUAGAGAUGGUCACUUAGAAAGGUUUGACAGUAGUUUGAAAAAAAGUUACAAAGAGGUAGCACACAUUUGCAACUCUCAAAAACAAAGAGAAAAUGUUUAUGGAGAAGUACAUGUGAGAGAUUGGUUGAUAUUCAUGUAUAACAAUGUUUAAUAUGAUGAUUUAUCAAUUUCUUACAGUUUAGAUGGGGUUCUGUCUAUUUGUAUUCAAAAUGCUGUCAGUGGAAAAAUAAGAUAGUGUUGGGUAAAGUUUUAUCAGAAAAGCAAGUACAUGUACUAGUAAAAACUUCUGUGAUGUGCAACAGUUAAGGAGUUGUGCAACUUGUUCAUAUUAAGUGCUUAUGUCACUAUAAGUUUUCCUUUGUACUGUCUGUAUUGAAGCCUAUCCUAUGACGCUUACCAAGAAAACAAGAGGUCAUUU